CAUUCAGUUUAAAAAAAACUCUGUCAAGUGGACCGUAACGAAAGCGAGCGAUAUUUACAAAUUUCACAAAAUCCAAUAUUUUAAUAUUUUUAAUAGUAAUGUGAUUUUUAAAUACCACCACCUUGCUUUUAAUUACUCUAUAAAUUCCGGUUCCAAAGCGAAAUAUGGAAAUAAAACCGUUUAUGUGAUACACUUUAAUUGUUUUCAUUGGUUUCAAUUAUUUUGAACUCUGGAAGAAUGGAUGGGUCGAGUAAUCUUGCUACGUUGCUUCAUAAAUUAUGUGUUGGACUGUCAACUGAUCCAGAUGGCGCGUAUGAACUGGCCGUGUCGUACUUAUCGUCUACCAGUGAGAAAGCACGAUCAAAUCAAGAUGAAAGGCUCCUCUGUCAAAAGAUACAAUCGCGCCUUACCUCUGUGUCUGCCAGGGAUGUGGAUAAAUUCAAUGAAUUUUAUGCCAAAUUAAAAAAUACUUUUAUUUUGAAGCAAAGAGUCUCUGUUCUUUCAUUGCUUCUUGCUCUGUCGGAAGCACCACAGCAGACGGAAUCAACACACCAACUUUUUCCUAUACCCCAGUUGGCCACGAAGUCAAACAUUGGGCUUUCUGGUGCUGCAUCAAGUUCCAGCAAAAGUACAAUAGGCUCAGUGAGCUGGGGAAGUCAAGGAGCGCCUAAGAACCAAGGAUCUAAUCAGAGUCUUCCAUCUAAUAACAGUAAUAUGGCUUUGGUUCUACAAUCAAAUGAUCGACCAAAUGAUCGCCUAUGUGUCCGGGAGGCGGUGUUAGCAGCGACCGGGGUGAAAACGCGGGGUGCGGGCGGCGGGUCACGCCCGAUGCAGGCUCUGUAUGCUCGCAUUGCCCACCUUGGCUUCCUACAUGAUAGGCUCAAGGAAUUUAUUGAUCCCAACUCCGGGAUUAUGCCUCAAGGUCUCAUGGGAGAAGGUUUGGUUGCUUCUAUAAGAGAUGAAUUAACUGAAUAUUAUAGGAGUGUAGCCCUUCUCCAAUCGCAGGCAUGUGAAGGCGAUGGAGGCGGCGGUACCCUGCGACGCGUGUGCGUGUGGGCCCAAGAACCUCUGCACAGAAUGACUUGGCUUGCAAACAUGGCGCACACAGCACACCAUAAGAAAGGAGGAGAACUAGCCUCGUGCAUCCAUCGUUUCGUCCGGCACGGAGACGAGCGUGUGGCCACAUUGGCCCGACGCCUGCUCACGGCACUGACCUAUCCUUUGCUGCUCAUGUUGACGCGUUGGCUCCUACAUGGUGAAAUUGAUGAUCCGUACAAUGAAUUUUUCAUUGAAAGCCGAAGCGGUGUGCCUAUUGACAGAAUGUGGCACGACAAAUAUCGAGUCAGAGAGUGGAUGGUGCCGUCCUUCAUGUCGCGCGAGCAAGCGGCGCAGAUCCUGGCGACGGGCAAGAGCGUGGUGUUCAUGCGAGAGGCGUGCGCCGACGAGCCCGGGCCCAGCGACCACGCGCACCACCUGCAGCCGCUGCUCAAGUCGCACACGGGGAGCGGAUCAGAAGCGGACGGUACGGCAGGCACCGCGUGGUGGGAAGCGGAGGGUUUACGCGCGGGCGUGGCGCUGGCACAUGCAGCGGCGUCGCAGCGGCUACUGGCCGCGCUCACCUCACACCACCACCUGCUGGACCACCUGGCCGCGCACCGCCGCUACCUGCUGCUGGCGCAGGGCGACUUCGUGCACCACCUCAUGACGCUGCUGCAGUGAGUGACACACGGAGCG